AUGUUGAAGAUUAGUUUUGUUGAUAUACUGGUGAAGGAUCUGGUGAGUUCAAAUAAUGAAGAUGGUGAUCAUACAACAUCUAAUCAAGCAGCUUCUAAUCAUGAAUCGUCUAAUCAUUCAGCAUCUAAUCAUAAAGCUUCUAAUCAUUCAGCAUCUAAUCAUGCAGCGUCUAAUCAAGAAGCUUCUAAUCUUUCAGCAUCUAAUCAUGCAGCAUCUUCUUCAUGCAUGGUAGAAAAUAGUGCUAUUGACGAGAAUGAACAUUUGGAUAACUCCAGAUUGCAUGAAAGCAUUGCAUAUUUGUCUGAGGGUUGGAAGGAAUAUAUUAAUCAUGAAGGUCAGAAGUUUGUGGGCGGGGUAAUCGAAUUUCGGAACAAGUUGCGUAAGUAUGCAGUUGGUAUGGGAUUUCGUUUUGUCUAUCAAUCCAAUGAUAAGUCACGUGUUAUUGCUGAUUGUUUUAAAAAGAAAUCGGAUGGAUGUAAGUGGCGUGUAUAUGCUUCACUAUGUCAAGCUAAUGGUUUUUUCUACAUAAGGACUUUAAAUAAUGUUCACACGUGCAUGGGUGUUGGUCGUGAGAAGAAAAGUAAAAUGAUUACGUCAAAGAUGAUAUCUUCUAUUGUAGUUGAUAAAAUCCGUGAAAAACCGUCAAUUAAACCAAUAGAUAUUGUCAAGGACUUUAAGCAGAACUAUGGUCUUGAGAUUUCUUACUAUAAUGCAUGGUACGCAAAAGAAUUGGCUAAGAGCGAAGUUCAUGGUGAUGAAUCCUUGUCUUAUAGUCAAUUAGUUUGGUAUCGUGAUGCUUUAGUGUCAACCAAUCCUGGAUCAUCUUGUGUUGUAGAGUGUGAUCCAAAGACUUCUCGCUUUCGGAGGCUUUUUGUUUGUUAUGGUGCUUGCAUUGAGGGCUUUCAAUGGUGCAGACCUUUGUUGUUCAUAGAUGAAACUUUUCUGAAAAGCAAGUAUAAAGGGCAGCUAAUUGGUGCCACGGGGAAGAAUGGAAACCAAGGUAUAGUUAUCAGACUGGUUAACACUUGCAUCCUUAUCCUGUAUUAUGAUGGUUCAUAA